AUGAUAAAUAGUUUGUAAUAAGUAUAAUUUCAUACUUGUAUUUAUUAUUUGUAAAAAUAAAUCAUGAUUAUUAUGAUAUACAAAAAUAUAAAUAUAUACCUUUUGAAUUAAUCUGUUUGUGAGAAUACUAGUAUUUCUUUAAAUUUAGUAUUAUUUUAGAAAUAAAAAACAAUAUAAUUUAUUAUGAAAUAGGCUUUGCUUGAUAAUUACUAUAAAGAAUUAAACUUAAACUAACUUUAUUCUGUGAGAUCUUUAAAAAAGACACCUUUUGAAAAAUAAAAUCAUUAAAAUUAUUUUGUUCCUAAUAUAUUAAGUCCAAAGAAUAAUUUUUCAAAUAGAAGUAGUUUAAAAGGAGGUGAUGGAUUAGUUGUAUAAAAGCUUCAUCGUUCCUAAAAUAAUUCAAGAAUUUUACCAGAUAUUUAGAAUGGACAAAGAGUUACAAAGAAUAACUCUUAACCUUAUCUUAAUUAAGGAUAGAAGAAAUAGUAUAAAAUUCAAAUAGAACCGUUAGAAGAAGAACACUUAGCAAUUCCAUACUUAAGAAUGAAUUUUAGGUUGAAAUAUGGAUAUAAAAAAUAAAAUUAAGAAAAGAAACAAAAAAAUAGUAUAGAAAAUGAUGAUCUAAAACUUUAGAAUAAUAAAAGUGUUAAUCUAUUUAGAGAGAAAUAAAAAGAUUUUAUAAAUAAAGUAUAAAUGCAAGUUUAAGAAUUAUUAUUAAAAGAGAAUGAAUAAUUAAGUUUUGGUUUUGACAAAUUAGAAAGAGAAUUAUUAUAAUAAAUGAAAUGA